AUGAUUCGCAAACGAUCGACUACACCCACACGUAAUUGCCUCUGAUCCCUGAAAAGGGAGGAAAGGGUGAGUGGUGCAAUUGAGCGGAUACAGUGUUCACGUUAACGCAAACUGCCGCGGAUGCUGAACUUCGCACCAGAACCUUCUUUUUCCGCACUUUCCACUGUCACAGGUGAACUUCCUCUUGCGUUCCCUCUGUUCUACUCUUCUCUCUCUCUUUCACUGUGUGUCACACAUUUCGAUCGAAGGAGACGCAUUUUAAUUGAAAUUUUAGGAAAGCUUGUUUGCAUUUUUUUUAAAGGAGAAAGGGGCGUGACGUUACGAAAUGAAUUGUAUACAGUAUAUCUCGUUUACAAGUUAUUGGAUAGUUGGUGGUUCUGCCGUUGACCGAGGACAGGCUUGUGUAUUGUAAAAUCAGACGAAGAUUUGCUAGUUGAUGUUUUAAAAAAAUGGUAUCGUAUCAUUCUAAUAAUUCGUUUAUUUAUUUAUGUAACAUAACAAUUAUUUAUAUAUAAAACAGAGAUGAAACAUCCAUUCGUUUGUUCGUUCACAUCGCAAAGAUGUGAUUAUCUCUUUUCUUCAAGAUGUUGCCAAAAGCUUGGUUUAAUUUGUAUUAGAAAUUGUUAUUAGAAAUUGGUAGACUUGUGUAUAUGUGCAUAAUUUUAGUUAAUUUGAAUUAGCUUGUACGUACGUGAUUAAAGAAAAAAGCAUAUCCUUUCACGUUUAGCUCAAGUAUAUAUUUUGUUAAAAAGUUCAAUAACUUAUCGAUCAAAAUAUGUAAAGCAUAUAAUUAACGAAGUAUCACGUAACUGUAUAACCGUAAAGUUUUCAUCGCUUAAUAUAUACUACACUGUAAUUAUAAUAUUCGGCGAAAGAAAACUCGGUGUUGGAAAUUGUAAUUGCCGAAAUGUUAAGUUUGGUAAAAACUGUGAGACUUAAAAAUUGAUGGAAAAUUUUUAACGAACAGCGUGUUGAGAAAGCUGGGGGAACCAUGUCUACGAGGUCGAAGGAGAAGGUGGUAGCUGCCUUUCGGAAAUUCUUUCGAUCGUCGGAGAAGAUAUCGGAACAAGAUGGAGCUGGCAGUUCGACCAGCUCUCCCUCGAGAAGGCUUCUAAGUAGACAUCAUCGUCCGGAUGCGGUUACUCCGACCGAUGCCUCCCCGUUGUCUGAUAACCCCGGUGCUAGCAACUCUAAUCAUGGAAAUUGUUUCUUUAAGUCUGUCUCGAAAAAGUCUGCUAGUAAUCCAACGCAGGGGACAGUUGCGAUACCGGAUAAAAGAGUUCGUCUGCGUCGUUUGAUGAAGGAAUUGAGCGAAAUUCAAAGGACGCAACAUCGGCUCGAGUCAACAUUCACCGCGGAGCUGGUGAACGACAAUUUAUUCGAGUGGCACGUGAGACUUCACAAAAUCGAUCCGGAGAGUGAACUAGCCGGCGACAUGAGAGAGCUUAAUAUACCUUACAUACUUCUGCACGUGGUGUUCCCGGAGAAUUUCCCGUUCGCGCCACCAUUCAUGCGCGUCAUCUCGCCAAGGAUCGAGAAAGGUUUUGUCAUGGAAGGCGGCGCAAUCUGUAUGGAACUUCUCACGCCUAGAGGAUGGGCCAGUGCGUACACGAUCGAGGCUGUAAUCACGCAGUUUGCAGCCAGUAUUGUCAAAGGCCAGGGUCGCGUAGCAAGAAAACCGAAAACCAACAAAGAAUUCAAUAGACAUUCUGCCGAAGAAUCCUUCAGAAGUCUAGUAAAAACGCACGAGAAGUACGGUUGGGUCACACCCCCGCUCGCAGAGGGAUAACUCUUCAAACUGGUUGAAAAACAAUGGACUUUUGUCAUUUGAGACGUUGCACUCUGCAGACUUUACAUGUGAUUUUGGUCGGUACAAUUCCUUCUCCAAUCUUACAACACUGUAACUGCAUUGCAAUUGCAUUGAACGAUGCUUUUGCAAAUAAUGAGUAAUACUUGGAAAAGGAAGAAAGAAAUCAAGAAUUUACUAGUGAUUCAGUUGGAAUAACAACAACAACAACAGCAACAAC